GUCGCUGCCUUCGCUCAUGAACUGAAGGGCUGCCCUGGAGCGCGGGGAGCAGCGCAGGGCUCAGAAUGCAGCGCAGGGGGAUGCGCAGCAGUACCUGCCGCCUUUUGUCGCACCGCUUGAAUCAGUGCCCCUGUUCUGGGCCUCUGGUUUCCUGAAAGAGCUUUAAACAUCGACCCACUCAAAGCUGGUUAUUGAGCUGUCCCACCCGUUGGCCUUUUUAACACUAGAAACAUAUUUUGGAACUGCAUGAAAAGAAACAGCUCUGAAAUAAGAGGUGUUUUGUGUAUGCGUUGUAUUUGGCACAUGUUUGCAUGACAAGAGGUAGGACUGUCUUGACUGCUGCAUUUUGCACGUGCCUUUCACAUUCGUGUAAGAGGUAUUUACAUGUUUUCCAGUGAGAAGACCUUUUGUUUUGCUGUAAAGCACUUUUGUCCGGAGUGUUGUGAGUUUCCAGCUAUUAAGAAUGUGAGAAGUGGAGAAACUACAAUUAAUUUCAAUACUCUAGUAUUAUUCAAAAUUAUUUUUGGCACUGGGAAGCUGAAUAUUCUUCUCUUUCUGGAGUCAUCCUAUGUAAGAAUUGUCUAAGGCUUUGUAAAACUGUUGCCCAAUAGACUGGAACAUGGAUCCACAGCUAGACCCCAUGAAGGAUGACUUGCCUUUAAUGGCAAACACCAGCUACAUGCUUGUAAAGCACUACGUGUUGGACUUGGAUGUGGAUUUUAAAAGUAAAGUUAUUGAAGGCAGCAUAGUUUUGUUCUUUGAGACUGGGAGCCAGCACAGGAAAACCAGCAGUACUGGCAGAGAAUGCUGCCAGUCAAAGUUUGAUCAGUCCCAUAAAAUGAGGGCAUCUGAACCCUGCCAUGUUCCUGUGACAAAUGUGAGUGCCUGUUCAUCUAAAAUGGAAUAUAAUGGUUUUGCUGUCAGUGGUGAAGGUGAAGAAGAUACUUCUGAUGAAAAUGGUAACCAUAGCAACAGUGAACAGACUUCUGGGAUUUCCAGUUCAGAGGACUGCUGUGACAGAGAGAAUCAUGGGAACCAGGAUUUUGUGCUGGUAUUGGACUGCUGUGAUUUAUCUGUGCUAAAGGUUGAAGAGGUAGAUGUUGCUGCUGUGUCAGGCAUUGAACAAUUUACAAGGCCUGCCAAGCUAACUGACGUUUCAAAGGAGCUGGGAAAUCUCAGGAAUCACAUUGUCCAUGAACUCGUGGCUCUACCUGCAAAGCGCUGGGAGGAACAGCUGUGCUGUUUUACUCACUGCAGCCAGGCACCUGGCUGUGGAGAGCUUCCCUUUGCUACUGGCCCUUGGAGCUUGGAGAUCAGGAAACCAGGAAUUGGUACUCCAGCAGACUUCCCUCACGCUAUAAGAAUAUGGUACAAAACCAACCCGGGUGGAAGAUCCGUGGCAUGGACCACAGACCAGAGUGGCAGGCCAUGUGUUUAUACGAUGGGAUCACCAAUAAACAACAGAGCCCUUUUUCCAUGCCAAGAGCCACCCAUUGCCUUGUCAACAUGGCAAGCCUCUGUCCGAGCAGCUGCAGGCUUUGUGGUGUUAAUGAGUGGGGAAAACACAGCAGAACCAGUCCAGCUUCCAGAAGAUAUCUUGAGCUGGUACUACUAUGUGUCUAUGCCAAUGCCAGCAUCCACCUUCACCAUUGCUGUGGGGUGCUGGCAGGAAGUUAAGCAGCAGUCCUUCACAGAUGCUAUUCCAACAAACACUGAGUUUUCAUUGCCAUCUGUACAAGCUGAUUUCAGCUGGCAUGAAGCAAUGUGUGGCCAUGUGGGAUAUCCCUGCCGUUUCCAGAACCCUGCAGUGAGCUGGCAGGCAGUCAUUCCUCACAGAGUCUUCUCUCCCUGCUGCCUCAUGGAGCUCUGCGAGGAACGUUUGCUCCCGCUCAUCCCUCAGUGCCUCUCGGCUGCUUUCUCCACGCUGGGUACCCACCCCUUCUCCAGGCUUGAUGUUUUGAUAGUUCCUUCUAACUUCUCCAGCCUGGGAAUGGCCAGCCCACACAUCAUCUUCCUGUCCCAGAGUGUCCUGCCAGGAGGGAACCAUCUCUGUGGAACUCGUCUGUGCCAUGAGAUCGCUCAUGCUUGGUUUGGGCUGGCCACUGGUGCUCGGGACUGGACUGAAGAGUGGAUCAGUGAAGGCUUUGCCACUUUUUUAGAAGAUGUAUUUUGGGCUAGGGCACAACAGCAGCUCUCCCAUGAAGAGGUAAAAGGGCAGCAGGAGCUGAAAGCUUUGCUUCGCUGGCACCGCCUCAGGGAUGAGGUGCAGAACUCUGAGGAAGAGCUUCAAGUUUUGAGGCCCAACAAGGAGAGCACAGGAGAAUUGAGUGAGUCUGGAGCAUCUGUUGUCAAAUAUGGUCUUAAAGCAGAAAAAAUCUUCUUGCAGGUUCACUAUUUGAAGGGUUAUUUCCUUUUGAGAUCUCUGGCAAGGACAGCAGGAGAGGCCUCAUUCCUUCUGUCUUUGCGAAAAUUUGUCCAUAAGUUCCACGGGCAGCUCGUCCUUUCUCAGGAUUUCCUUUGCAUGCUGUUGGAAGACAUCCCUAAACAAAAAAAAUCCGGGUUAACUGUUGAAAGUAUCUUCCAGAACUGGCUUGAGACUUCUGGAAUACCAAAGCCCCUGCUGGAGGAGGUCGAGACGUGGAAGGAGUGUCAGCUCGUCCGGCAAGUGCGCGGCGAGGUCACAAAAUGGAUUCAGACAAACCAGAGGGUCAGAAAAAGCAGCAAAAAGAAAAGAAAACAGGAUGAAGUAAUUUUCCAGAAGCUUCUCCCUGACCAGCUGGUCUUACUUCUGGAGUCUCUGUUGGAGGAGAAGACAUUGUGUCCUAGAACACUGCAGUGCUUGGAGAGAACAUACCAGCUCCGGGAGCAGGAUGCUGAGGUUCGCCAUCGGUGGUGUGAGCUUGUCAUUAAACACAAGUAUAUGCCUGGGUAUGGAGAUGUGGAGACAUUUCUCAGAGAAGAUCAGGCUAUGGGGGUGUAUCUCUAUGGUGAAUUAAUGGUGAAUGAAGAUACAAAACAACAAGAACUUGCACGUAAAUGCUUUGCCUCAGCACAGGAACAUAUGGAUGUGUCCUCAGCCAAAGUGGUGGCAGAGAUGUUGUUCUGAAGAGGCUUACAGUGUCAAAACCUGAGUGACGGGACACUCAGCGAGUUCUUUCAAGUGCAGCAAGAGUGAGGAAAUUGUCCAAGAAUGGCCCAGACACCACACUGACUUCUGUGGUCACACUCAGAGAUGGAGCUCUGACAGGAGCCCAUUCAGAAAAGAGUUCUGCUUCAUUUCACAGGUUUUUCUGCAGAGGCCACCAGCUUGCUUUUUGCUUUUUCCAUUGUGUUAGGGAAAAAACCCAGAGCUGGAUAAGACUCUUGCAUAAGACACACAGAAAUUAAAUACACUGCAAGCCUCUUCAUAGCCACUCCUGUUAAAACUACUGGGCGAGUAAGGCACUCCUCACCUCUGUAAAUAUCAUCACAUUUGGUUUCUUUCAAAACAAGCUACUUGCAUUUUUUGUUAAUAUUGAGCACAGCAGUAGUUUGUUCUGUUUGCUGCAGCUGUUUCAGCCUGUCUCAGCAGUAUUAACUUGAAUAUUUCCCUCACCACAACUUUGUGAUCCAUCAUUCAUGGUAGCAACUGAGAAAAUGAACAGAAACUAAAACACUAACACCAAACAACCUAAAAAAUGGCAAAGAGGUGGCAAUCCUGGCCCUUUAUCAGGUUUUAUAGGGCCUUUUGUUGCUAAUCCAAGCACUGUGAAAUACAGUAAGGCUUCAGAUUAGGAAGAAAACUAAAGGCAGCAUUGAAUAGUUCUGUGACCACAACUCAUCAUGAGUAAGAGAUAAUAGGAGAUUCAUGUAUGUAUUAUAUAGUAGGGUCAUUAUCAUGAUAUAAGCAUUUCCUUAGUUUAAAAUCCUUCUGAAUCAUGAAAAAAACCACUGGAAGUGAGCCACAGACUGUGGCAAUUCUACCCUGAAUAGCACUAGAAAGUCCAGUGCAGAAGGCUGGACUAUCUCCCACAUAUCCCAUCAGGCCACCAUCUGGUUGGGAUCGGGGUGAUUCUUUUCUGGAUGUAGCUUUUAACUGUAAAAAUGAAUCUCAGAUGAAAUUAAAACUGUAUCCAUACAGUUAGGCAAGGGUCACCAUCUAUUGUCCUGUGCCACUUACUGGGUCACUUCUUCAGAAUAAAGGUAGAGCACAACAAGGGGUGACCUGGCAGUCCCUUGGCCCCGCACAGGACAUGAAUUCCUGGGCACACACGUUCUCUUCGAAGCCCAGAGUGACACAGACCACUCUGCUGACGGCUUAUUUGCUCUGCAGCUUUGCUGGGAGGUGUUUGCAGCUGCUGCUGUCUCUAUGCUUUCUCCUUUAGGAGGGAAUUAGCUGUACCCUAUUGUCCAUUCCUCACACACAGUGGGGAAGGUCUGGAAGCAAAUCUAACCAGAAAUGCAAACUGAGCGAGUGGGCAGCUUGAGGAAACAAGAAGGCUUAAGAAGCCUAAAGAAAACCCUAUUCCACAACACUGAUUCUUAAUAUCUAAAUGCAAAUUAAUAUAUCUCUUGGUCUUUAUAAUGAAUCUUGUGGUCUUUUAAAGCUGUAAAAUAUCUAGAAUUCAUGAGUUAUGUUUGAUGUCUUCCAUAACAGGAAAAGAUUUUAACAGACACCUGAGUGCAUUUCUGUUCUUGCCCCCAGUCUUCGAUGCCUAGAUUAGUAGUAAAAUAAAUAAAUAAAUAAAUAAAUAAAUAAUAAAAAAAAAAAUAAUAAAUUGCAAGAAAGGACAAUGAAGCAACUAAAUAGAGGGGCCUGACUCAUCUAGAAUUUCACCACAAGUAUACUGAGUUUAGGCACAUAUACAAAAUACUUUAAGUUAACAUAGACACUGACAUGGAUAUGUUCCUUUGUUUCUGUGGGCACAAUAUGCUGGAAAAAUUAUUUUAAAACUUACCCUGCUGCCAGGCUGACAUCACUGAAAUAUGCCAGUGUACAAAGAAAUUGAGACAUCUGUACACUGCUUGGGAGAUUAACUUCAUUUGUCUGCUUGCUGUGGCUUAAACUGAGUGCAUAUUAUCUGCACAAAAUUAAGGCCUGAUUCCUGGUGCUUAUAGCUGCCAGCACAGGAAUUUGCUCUAACUAUUACCUAAAAGCAUGCAGAAAUUGCAGUUGUGCAAAGAUUUGCUUUUGCAUGGUAAUUUAUACAUAGGAAACAGAAUUUAAUUUUCAGCUGAGCAUUGCAGUGUAUUAGCAGAGUACCCCAACAGCACCACCAUGCAAAAGCCUGGUUUGCUUUUUGCCCCACUGUGGCCAUGCCAGCUCUGCUGGUUUUGGCACCCUCUGAGCAGCAGCUGAACAUCACUGCACACUUUGUUUAAUGUAGCUCACUUCAGUCAUCUCUGAAAAUUCCAUGUCUGACUGCUCCAGGCUAUUCCUCUGGGCCUGUUGGGACCUGUGUCUCUCCUGACACUCGCUCUGGGACAUUCCAUUCAUGAGCCCGUGGCUGCUUUGCCACUGUCAUCAUCCCCAGCCCUCCUGACUCCCUCUGAACAGGCUGCUUUGAGAAGCUGGUGUUUGGCACCAUAACAUAUUUCACUUCAUCUUUAAUCUUGAAAGGACAGUGGUCAUCAUCUGCCACACAGAAAAAACCUUUUUUCUUUUGUUUUUUAACCUCAGGUUGUUACAUCACAGCAAUGUGUAACUGUUUGGCAGUUGUCUUGUAUCUGGUAGUAAGAGUUAUUUGCUUUACAACUGUACCCCCUUACAGCCAACUCUUGCAAAUACAACAAAACUAAAAAUUACAAUUUGCCAGCAACCAUCUUACUCCAGUCUGCAUCUGUCUCUUGGUGUGCCCCAAACUCACUGAUUUAACUGCCAAACAGGACCAAUCAAAGUUCAUUCCAAUUUACUUAAUUUCACAUCUGAAAAGCACUAUUACUUUUUCUUGUUCCCUAACUGUAGGGAACCUCACUGCCCCUCAUUCUGCCUUUCACAUGCCCCUUCAGCCAACAUUUCCCUACAUGUCCUACAGCCCUGGCAUCCUCCUUAAUUUCUGUUCCCAGAAGUGACAGGGCAAUAUUACUCCACAAUACUGACAUCAAGAUUUUGUCAUUGCCACCACUCGAGCUGAAACUGCCCAUCAUUAUCAUCUUUUGUUCCUUUUGACUAUACAAAGGCUUUUUAAUAAGCUCCCAAUUUUAGUUGAGGGAAAAAAUUGUUUCUCUUGGCUUGAAUAUAAAAAAGAUGCAACUACAUGACAUAAAUGCUGAACUCUUUCCUUCUUUGCAUGAAGAGUCAGAUGAAUAAUCACAAGAUUGUCAGUUUUAUGCACAAACAAGAAAGCCCAUCUACUGACAUUUUAUGGUUCCUACACACACCUACCCCUAGCAUUUGCCUCUCCUUUCUUCAGUCAAAUCACUGGAAUAACAAGUUUCCCACUUGACAGCUGGGAGGAAAGAAUGGGAAUGGGGAAUCAGUCAUACUAAGAAAAUAGUAAGACCAGUCUUUUUUAGUUCUGAGGGUACCUGAUUCUCUCUUUUACCAUGUUGAAGCAAUGCCAGCACCAGCUGAAGGAGAGAUGUGACACUGAGAAAAGCUCCACACAGCAGAACGAAGGUAAAUGCUGGAAGUUGGUGUAUUUUUAGCAUUAUAUUUUUGCAUCAAGAGCUUUCAGCAUCAAAACCACAGGCUUAUAACAUGCAAAACCCAAAAUCACCAAAAAUUAUACCCCUCUCUGUCUUGAAAUACAGCUGUUAAAGACUGUGGUUUCUGGUUAUGUUUUAGAGGUGGUGAGGACCCACUGCUCCCAGUGCAGUCAGGAAGGAGGAGCUUGCUCUGUGAAUGUCUGAAAAAUCGGAGCUAAACUGUCUUUCAGAUUCACAAAAGAAAACUGAAUUGAUAGGAAAAUCAUGGAAGUGGCACAACAACAGGAUGUUGUUGGCAAUCCUUUUCAUAUUUUCUUUAAAUAGAUGUGGAUUGCCAGACUCUGCAAUGCAUUUUGAAGAACUGUCCCAAAGUAGAGUUAAAGUUUAAGUGGUGGACAGUUACCGGCCUGUUCAAAUGCAUGAUUUUUGAAGCAGAGAGGAGACAGCAUCAACACCAAACUCUCUUCUUCUUUCAUUUCUCUCUGAUAACAAUUAAGUUUGGCAAAUCUGAAGAAAUCAGAGCAGGGAACAGCUGACUUACAGACUUAUUGUUAGAUGUAAGUAUAUGAAUGAAGGAUCUCAGUAGAAAAAACAGAUAUUCAACCCAUGUGUGAUUUUAUAUGCAAGUUCUUCAUUCUACAGUGUUUAUGUAAGUUCAGGGUAUUCCAUUCUAAAAAUAAAACCAACAACAACAAAAGAGAUAAACUGGCUAGAUCUAUCAUUUGUACAUUCAGCUUGGAUCCUGGGCAGAAAGGAAGAGAAGAAAAAAAAAAAGGUAAUGCUUCUGCCUGAAGAGUAACCAUGUCUGAGAGCUUGCUCUGCCAAUCCAGCAAGCAAAGAAAUCAAGAUCAGAAAAACUAUGAUGAAAAAUAGUCAGCAGCUAUCAUCUGAAACCUUUAAAUCCCAACAGAAUUAUCUUUCCAAAACAAUUGUUAUAGCUCAACUGCAAGGUUUGGGCUUGACAUUUGCUCAGUAUCCACUCAUGGCCUGGGUCAAGCCAGUCAGAGAAAGCAACUGCAGCAAGUUGGCCUGGGAGGUGUGUGGUGCAGGGUAUUGCUGAGCACUGACCACUGUGUUCUAGCAGAGAAGCACAAAAGAAAGGAAGGUUGAAACUAUCAUGUGAAACUGUUAUGUGGGUUUUGCAAUGCAUUUGAAGAAGAAAAUCAGUGGUUUAUAGAGACAAGAUUUGUCCUUCUGUCAAGUCUCCAGAAAAGACAGUAAUGGUUCUGCCUACUGGGAAUCCCCAAAGUGCCUGAACUCGCAGACACACAUCAUGGCCAUAUUCCAAGGCCUCACUCCUCCUCCAUGGAAUGUGAUACUGGCUUUUCUUUCUCUGU